AUGAGUCGUAAUACUGGUGUAUCUUUGCACAAGGAUGGUGAAAUGGUCGUAACUAAUAUGAACUUUUUCCAAAAUUUUCGUUUAAAAAAAUCUAAGAGAUAUCGGAGUGCUUUUACUACGGAGCAAAUUAAUUACUUAGAAAAAGAAUUUAGAAAGUUUCCAUAUAUUGGAAACACAAAUCGAAAAGAAGUUGCUAAUAUUUUAGAUAUUUCGGAAAGAGCCGUCAAAAUAUGGUUUCAGAAUCGACGCAUGAAAGAGAAGAGAGAAGUCAAUGGUAAUAAGGGAUCGCAUAUAGAAGACAAAAACAAUAUUUAUAAUUAUUCCAGGGACCUGUUAAAUAAUAGUAAUGUGCAAACUAAUAAUGAUUGUGGUUUUAAUAAUUCAUUGCCAUCGAAUCAAAGAGACAAAUCAAAAGAAUCAACUAUAAAAGACCUAAAGGUUCAUUAUAAUUUAAACGAUAAACAUGUUCCGUCUAAUCAAAUAAAGAUUAAAAAUAUCAAAAUGUCUUAUAAUAAACAUAACAUAAGAAAAAAUUCGAAAAAAGGUAAUAGAAAUUCAAAUAUAUUGAAGUCUAUUACACCACCAAAAAUUAAAUGUGAGACCACAAAAUUGCUAGCAGAACCUCUAAAAGUUAUUCAUAAAACUACACAUUUUAACGAAGAGUUUACAAAUCAAGAAAGAAAUGCUCUUGUUUGUCACAAUAAAAAAGAAAGUGAAGUUGCGCAAGAUCUAACAACGAGAAAUAAAAGAAUGAAAGAUAAUCAGCAAUUUGAUCUAGUUAAUUCAAACAUUGACCAAAGAUUUAUGCCAUUUUAUACGCAAGGAUAUUAUGCACCUACGCAAUUAACAGCUACAUCAACAUUGAAUUCUGGUAAUAUCAUUUGGAAGCCCGUCAACGUGAUGCCGAUGCCGAUACCGGGUUUAGCGACACGUUCACCAUUUUCAGCUACACAUAACUGCUCCGGAAUCUCCUCUAACAAUCAAGACGUUUCAAAAGGAACUUGCAAUUGUCACGGUCCUCCGCUUUGGUUUAACACGCGAUCACAAUGUGUCGCAAGCACGCAGCCGCAAUAUAUAUUUGCGUUUCCGUUUAGCAAUUCAGCUAAUAACAUUUAA